CUGACCGGGGAGCACUGCGGGUGAACUCUGAGAUAGAAAAGUUGGCCCAGGAAGCUCAAGGAGGGACAGCGGCAGAGGGGAAGACUCUGGAACUCCGCUGGCCCCCACCCGGCCCGGGCCCACACCUGCCGCCCCGCCUGCCCGUCUCACCCGCGGUGCCUGCGGGAUUGCUGGAGAGAAAGCGGCAUGGAGCCGUGCAGGACCCAGAUAAAGCUGGACCCCAGAUACACAGCAGAUCUUCUGGAGGUACUGAAGACCAAUUAUGGCGUCCCCUCCGCCUGCUUCUCUCAUCCACCCACAGCAGCCCAACUCCUGAGAGCCCUGGGCCCUGUGGAACUUGCCCUCACCAGCAUCAUGACCUUGCUGGUGCUGGGCUCCAUUGCCAUCUUCCUGGAGGAUGCCGUCUACCUGUACAAGAACACCCGCUGCCCCAUCAAGAGGCGGUCUCUGCUCUGGAAUAGCUCAGCACCCACGGUGGUGGCUGUAUUCUGCUGCUUUGGUCUCUGGAUCCCUCGUUCCCUGUUUCUGGUGGAAAUGGCCAUCGCCUCGUUUUAUGCCGUGUGCUUUUACCUGCUGAUGCUGGUCAUGGUGGAAGGCUUUGGGGGGAAGGAGGCAGUGCUGAGGACGCUGAGGGACACCCCGAUGAUGGUCCACACAGGCCCCUGCUGCUGCUGCUGCCCCUGCUGUCCGCGGCUGCUGCUCACCAGGAAGAAGCUUCAGCUGCUGAUGCUGGGUCCUUUCCAAUAUGCCUUCCUGAAGAUAACGCUGAGCCUGGUGGGCCUGUUUCUCAUCCCCGACGGCAUCUAUGACCCGGCAGACAUUUCUGAGACAAGCACAGCUCUGUGGAUCAACACUUUCCUCGGCGUGUCCACACUGCUGGCUCUCUGGACCCUGGGCAUCCUUUCCCGGCAAGCCAGGCUACACCUGGGUGAGCAGAGCAUGGGAGCCAAAUUUGCUCUGUUCCAGGUUCUCCUCAUCCUGACUGCCCUACAGCCCGCCAUCUUCUCAGUCUUGGCCAACGGCGGGCAGAUUGCGUGUUCGCCUCCCUUUUCCUCUAAAACCAGGUCUCAAGUGAUGAACUGCCACCUCCUCAUCCUGGAGACCUUCCUCAUGACCGUGCUGACACGAAUGUACUACCGAAGGAAAGACCACAAGGUUGGGUACGAAACUUUCUCUUCUCUAGACCCGGACUUGAACCUCCAAGCCUAAGGUGGAUGGCUUGGAUGGUGAAAGGAUGCUGUACUCAUUAGAAUGUAAGAUUUCUGUACCGUCCCUCAACCUUGACCAAACGGAAAGCAUUCCGCUUGUCAACACAAGCUGGCAGAUGACAUUUGACUCUACAGAUGAAGGUGAACAAUGUAUAGGAUAAAAUUGUAUCUUGCCUGGGGAAGGUGUUUUAAGUUUUGUAAUAAACAAGAUGACGUCUGAAAAUGUG